AGGUGGGAUCCCCCAAUGGAUUAGAAGGGCUGGCCUAGGAUCUUCAUGGUUUCUAUUAGCCAUCCCUUAUUGACAUUCCUACGAUCUGAAGUACCAGAGUAUCCCAUAGCUCUGAGCUUCCUAAAUAUGCAAUCCAUCGUCCUGUUUUAACACAGAUUUCAUCGUGUGUAUUUUGCGUACUCUCUCACACGCACGUGUCUGCUGUCCUAGUAGGUUGGUAUAUGAAGCUCUUGGUCACAAGAGAAAUGGGUCAGGACCAGACAAAGCAGCAGAUAGAAAAAGGACUCCAACUGUACCAGUCCAACCAGACAGAAAAGGCUCUGCAAGUUUGGCUGAAGGUUUUGGAAAAGACCACAGACGUUGCUGGCAGGUUCCGAGUUCUGGGAUGUCUCAUCACUGCUCAUUCAGAGAUGGGCAGGUACAAAGAUAUGCUAAAGUUUGCAGUGGUACAGAUUGACACAGCCCGGGAGCUGGAAGACCCUGACUACCUUACCGAGAGCUACCUGAAUCUGGCACGGAGCAAUGAGAAGCUCUGUGAAUUCCAAAAAACCAUCUCCUAUUGUAAGACCUGCCUGAACAUGCAAGGUACUACAGUGAGCCUGCAGCUGAAUGGCCAGGUCAGCCUCAGCAUGGGCAAUGCCUACCUGGGCCUCAGUAUCUUCCAAAAGGCACUGGAGUGUUUUGAAAAAGCCUUGCGCUAUGCACACAACAAUGAUGACAAGAUGCUCGAGUGUCGUGUCUGUUGCAGCUUAGGAAAUUUCUACACACACCUCAAGGACUAUGAGAAAGCCCUGUUCUUUCCAUGCAAGGCAGCUGAGUUGGUGAAUGAUUAUGGAAAGGGCUGGAGUCUGAAAUAUCGCGCAAUGAGUCAGUACUACAUGGCAGUAGCCUAUCGGAAGCUGGGACACUUGGCAGAUGCUAUGGAAUGCUGUGAGGAGUCAAUGAAGAUCGCCCUUCAGCAUGGAGAUCGUCCUUUGCAGGCACAAUGUCUGCUCUGCUUUGCUGAUAUCCAUCGCAGCCGUAUGGAUGUACAGACAGCAUUUCCCCGCUAUGAUUCCUCAAUGAGUAUCAUGACAGAGAUUGGAAACCGUCUGGGACAGAUUCACGUGCUGCUGGGAGUAGCCAAGUGUUGGGUGAUUCAAAAGGAACUAGACAAGGCCCUGGAAAGCCUUGAAAAGGCCCAUGAGCUGGCAGAAGGACUGGGAAACAAGCUUGGCUUGCUGAAGAUUCACUGCCUAUGUGAAGGGAUCUAUCGCACAAAGGGACAGCAGCGGGAGCUUCGUAACCAUGUGGUGAAGUUUCAUGAAUGUGUUGAGGAAAUGGAGCUUUACUGUGGCAUGUGUGGGGAAUCCAUUGGAGAUAAGAAUCAUCAGCUCCAGGCAUUGCCCUGCUCCCAUGUCUUUCAUUUGAAGUGCCUGCAAACCAAUGGGACACGGGGUUGCCCCAAUUGCCGCCGUGCAUCAGUAAAACCAGGAUUUGUGUGAUCUGUGGAAAUCCAUGAUUUAAGAGAGCUCAUUUUGAUAGGCGCUAAAGAGCCAAACAGCAGGCCCCUGAAGCAUUUCUGGCAUACGGCAUGGAAAUGGGGGGAACCAACUGUAUAAGUAGAGGGUCUUUCUGAAGUAUGGAUGCGACAUGUGGACCGAGACCUCUGCCAUGUGGUGUUUUCACACACCUGAGUUGUGGAUCUCAGCAUGGAGUUCUCUGGCACCUCCUUCCUUAAAGCUAGUUUACCACAACCCAUUUGUCACUUCUGUUCCCUCAUGGAGUUACUUAACACAGACUCCCAUAAUCCUAAGUUUCUCGUUCUAGUGAAUUGCUACUUCUGGUAGCUUCUACCAGGGCCAGUUCUUACAUCCGCUCACACCUCAUGCUCUGGUUGUUUUUAUUCAUUCCUCAUGAGAAAACACAGUGAUCAUGAUAACAUGUUUUUUGGAUGACAGCACUGCUUUCUUGUAGCUCUAGAAAGUCAGCAAUCCUUUCCUGCUGUAAAAUACUUCCUCAGCUUGAAAUUUGGUCUCUUUCUUCUAGGUGUCUACCAGCAGUUGCCUCUCCAUGCUCUGGAAAACUGGCAAGAUAUCUGUUAAUAUAAAAUUGGGUUCCUUAAGGGACUGACUUAGCUUAUCAUUUUGUAAGUUCCCCUUAUCCAAGAAUGCACAGGUGUGCAUUGUGCCCAUCUGUCAUUUGACACUGUGCUUCUCUGUGUUCACGUCUUUGCUUUUGAUGUUUCUUCUGGGGACUCUUCCCAGAGUAAGGAGUUCCUUUGGCCUGAGACCCACUCUAUCAAUUCAGCCCCCUUAGUGCAUUCAUUUGCUGGAUGGGACAGUCUCUGUGAAGGAUGGGCAGGGCAGACCUUGGGAAAGACUCCUGUGUUUAUUCCUUUGCCAUGUAUUGUGAUGUGACAUAGGCAGAAGCAGUGAUGUUGUCGACAGUAUAUUUAUACUUUCUGUAAACUUUCUACUGGAAUUAAUAAAAUCCCAUUAGUCUA